AUGCUUGUCGGUUCUUCUUCCCAGAUCUUCCAGCAGCUUUCUGGUUGCAACGCUGUCAUCUACUACCUCCCCGUGCUGCUCAAGGAUAUCGGUCAAUCGAACGACAUGUCCCUCCUGAUCGGUGGUAUCAACAUGAUCGUGUACGCCAUCUUCGCCACCUUCUCCUGGUUCUUCAUCGAAAAGAUCGGUCGUCGCAAGCUCUUCCUUGGUGGUGCUUUCGUCCAGUGCAUUGCCAUGAUCAUUACCUUCGCCUGUAUGAUCCCCGGUGACGACGAAACCGCCAAGGGUGCCGUGGUCGGUCUGUUCCUGUACAUGGCUGCUUUCGGUGCCGCUUGGUUGCCUCUGCCCUGGUUGUACCCUGCCGAGCUGUCUCCCAUCAAGACCCGUGCCAAGGCCAACGCCGUCUCGACCUGCAGCAACUGGCUGUUCAACUUUGCUGUCGUCAUGUGGACUCCUCCUAUGAUCGCCUCUAUCAACUGGGGUACCUAUCUCUUCUUCGCCGCCCUGAACGGUCUCUUCAUCCCCGUCGUCUGGUUCUUCUACCCCGAGACCGCCAACCGAUCCCUGGAGGAGAUCGAUAUCAUCUUCGCCAAGGGUUACACCGAGAACAUCAGCUACGUCACCGCCGCUCACCAGCUUCCCAAGCUCUCCGACGAGGAGAUCGAGGCCAAGGCCAACGAGUACGGCUUCGGUGGCGGUGUCUCCGAGGAUCCCGAGAAGGCUGCUGCCGACUACUCUCCUUCGGAGUAA